UUCAACCUUACGUAUGUUUCAGAUUCACACAACAAUUUACUUUCUGGAACACAACUGUCGCUUGUAUUUCCAGAAUUCGAAAGCCAACUAAGUUUGUUUUGUAAGCAUUCGGGGUAUGAUGGUACACAUUCUUUGAUCAUUGUAGAUUAACUGGGAUUUCCAGAAUUAAAAUCACGUUAUUUGAAUUCCCUGUCGUAUAAAUUUGAGCCAGAGGUUUAGCGAUUUGACAGAUCAUGUCAGGAGUAAAGUCUCAUAUAAUCUACUUCUGCCUUGGACUUCUGUACACGUGCAGUUUGUCUUCGGAAAUAGACAAUGAAAUCCCUUUUGGAGAAGAUAGCUUGGAAUCAGAAGACAAUCUGAAAACCAAGAAUAUUAUGAGGACUUUGUUUGAUUUGAUCGAAAAUUUUCCUGUUGACAAAAAUAUUAAAUGUCCAGAAGAAGAUUCCAGUUUUCCGUAUCCCGGUAACUGCACACGUUACGUAACUUGCAAAAAUUACAAGGCACAUAUGAGAGUUUGCCCUCCAGGAUUAAGAUUUGAUAAAAAUUACCGUUAUUGCAGACUUUAUUUUGAUGUGCUUUGUGAGGAAGACGAAAUUCAACAAGCUUCCUGUGGAGUAGAUGAAGAAUAUCUCGAAUGUGGUUCCUCCUGCGAACCAUCUUGCGACAACAACGAGGAAGAGAACUGCUCAUACGAAUGCGUCUCUGGAUGCUUUUGUAAACAAGGAUUUGUCAGAGGUCCUUUUGGAGCCUGCGUUCUGCCAGAUAUGUGCCAGAAAGCAACCAUGCUGUUCCCCUGGUUUCUUCUCAGUACUCAGCCCCGAUUUCUCGUGUAGAAUUUCAUUAUUUAUUUAGAAAUUAAAUUAUGCUGUUUUGACUUU